GGGGGGAACGGUUAAUAUUUCAAAGUAAUAUCCUCUUCCGGUGGCCGUGACACCAUCUACCACCACUUGCGGCGGCGGAGCAAAAGCCAACUCUCAUCAUAAUCAUAUUAAUACAUUAUAGUUUCAAUUAAAAUCGAUGUUAGGUCUUUCGUACGGAGAGCUUUUUCUUAUCAUCGGAGCCACCGCAGCUCUUAUCGGUCCGAAAGAUCUUCCUCGUAUAGCACGAGUAGCUGGGAAGUUAGCCGGCCGGUCUAUUGGAUACGUUCAAAUGGCACGUGGACAGUUCGAUAAUGUCAUGCAGCAGUCUCAAGCUAAACAGGUGCAUAAGGAACUUCAAGAUACUAUAGCUCAACUUGAAGCUAUACGUCAUGAAAUCCGGACAAUUUCCUUUGUGAAUCCGGGUCCAAUGACUAGGAGGCUAGUGGAUAACAUUACCCAGAACCCCGACGCAAAUGGGAGUUCGGAUCUUGAAAAGCCUAGUGAUGAUGCACCGCCAACCCCGUCAGUGCCAACCUCUGUCUCUAAGGUUUAUAGUAUAAAUACCUCAGCAGGCUCACCCUCGUCUGAUAUGCACAGUCAAGCUACUGCUUACUCAAGGUUGGCUGAGUCUGCUGCUUUGCAUUCUGAUUGUACAAGCAAUGAAGUUUUGACUCAGUGUACAGAUGAUUCGGGCCUUACUGUACUUCCAGUAUCAGCCCAAGAAACAGGAUUGUUGCCUAAUCGCAAGGCUGAUGCAAACGGGUCUGACGUCAUGCUAGAGUCCAUUCUAGAGGCAGAGGUAGCGAGAAAUGCAAAAGAGUUUUUUUCACAACCCCAGAAUCUGAAUAUACGUGAAUAGAAAGAAGGUUAUGCAUCUUACCAUCGAAGUAAUAACAAUCCCUUUGAAACAAUGAAGAUGGUGCAUAAGUUUUUAAAUGCAGAUAUGUCUGAUAACUGUACUCUUCAAGUUUCUUGUACGGAAGUAGCAGAUAUUGUUAGAGCAAAGACGACCUAACCAGGGCAACAAUUUUGUAAUGACUUAUUUUAAGGCAAUAAAAAUUUGUAGAGUGUUACAAGUAGUUCUGGGAGUUAAAAUGUUACCUGAUAGUACGUAAUUGUCAUUUAGCCUCCUAGAAACAAAAUUGUUGUCGCCAACCGCGAAGUAUCUAAUCAGAUGGAGACAUGUUGUAAACUGAAAUGUUAUUACAGUAUUUUAAACAUAUGAUUCUCCUUUUUAA